CAGAGGAUGCUGGAGGAGUUCCAGGGCCAGCUACAGAAGGAGCAGGGUAGACAGGAAGAGACGGAGGAGACACUCCACAGGAAUAGCACCAUCAUGGUGUCCGUGAAGGCUGGAGUGGAACACCUCACUGACAAACUACACCAUCUAAAAGCUAAUAAGGGACAUGUUCCAACAGCUCAGAUUGCUCCAACGUCGGACGAGUAUGUCCUGGACCAGUUGUCUUUGUGUGAGGAGAAGCUGCUCAAACUUCUGGAAGAACUGGAUGGCAAGGAAAUCAACGAGAUCUCUAAACAGAUGGAGGAGGAGGAG